AAAUGGCAGCCUCCAUUCUGCAGUGUUGUCUCUCGAGAGCAUCUACUGUUUGUGGUAAAAGAAAUGGAUUCAUUCAACUUUCUUGUAGUUUUGCAAGCAAUUACACGGUUGAUAAUGACGACAAUCUAGAUGAUAGUGUCGAAGAAACCUUUAAAGACAUUCGGGAUGUCAGUCGUUUACCAGAGAGGUUGAAGGUUAAACUGAAAAAGAAUACACUUAAUGCCAUACCGGCACCUGAGUAUGUCCCGUCAUACAUGACUGGAAAACCAAAAGACAUUCGACGAUUUCAAAGGAAAACUUUUGCAAAAUAUGGACAUAGAUACAAAAUAAAUCCUGCAAGUUUAUGGCCAACAGAGGAGGAUUUGGCAAAAGAAAAACUGAGAGAUAGUUAUUUUGACCCCCCAUUAGAAGAAAGUUUGGUAAAAAUUAGAGUAUCCAAGGAAGAAGAGGAAGAGACUAGGCGCCAGAGAGAAGAACAAAUUGAAAAGAAUAUGAAGAAAAUGAAAGAUUGGAUAAAGGCUUAUGAAGAACGACAAAAGACUGCUAUGUUAACUCAACAAAAAUCUAAAGAAAGAAAACAGAUGCUGGUUGACAAACUGUAUGAUCACUUUGGCUAUAAACUUCAUCUGCAAAAUCCAAAAGCAGUAGAGUAUUUGAAAAAUCUUGCAGAUCAAGAGAAGAAGGAGAAAAAACUUCAACAAAAGCAAUUUAGAAAAGAUAAAGCUCAAGCACAACUGAAAGAAAUGUUACAAGAGGAAGAAUAAAAACAGAAUUAAUCAUUA